GACUUAUAUGUAGUUAGGAUCUCUGCGCUAUUAUAAAUUGUAUUUCAAAUUCAAAGUUCCUUUUUAGCACGUCCAAAAUAUUAUGAUUCGCGUUGCCUAUGAAGGAAUUCUUGCAAUUAAGGCAUUGCAUUACAUGAUCCGAUCAUGGAUAUUAGAGCUAGUGCCAUAUUUAAUUAUGUCAUAUUACUGCAUGGAUGUGUUGGCUACGCUACUGAAUUAUCGACUUGUGAGCACCGAAAAGGCUGUAGUUCUAGACGUCAAGGACGUGUUUGGCUACAUCUAUACGUCAUUUGAUACUCUACUGACUUCAGCAGCCGUUGCACUGAUAUCGGUUCAACUCAAAGAAGAGACUGGUAUAAUAAUCCUGCUAGUAGGGAGAGUGAUUCACCGAUUGCUCUUCUCUAUGUGGACUCAUUUGUAUCAGUUUAUCCUUAACGACUGCCUCGAUGUGGGCUCUCUACUGAGUCUUCUGGCCACAAGAGUUUAUCUACGAGACAGGAACGAAUGGCCAAGGUUGAAUCUCAAAAAGUUCGAGUUCCUAUUAUUAGCGGGUAGAAUAAGCCUAUCCAGUAUCUAUAUAUCGUGGCUGGAGGAGAGAAUCGAUACCAUGGAUAACGUCCUAUCACUUGCUCUUUUAAGUGCAAUGGUUUUUGGGAUCAAAUGCAGAGUUGCCUCCUACACGACUGUUUUAGCAAUACUCUAUCAUGACGUGCUAGGCACACAGUUUUGGUUCCUGUGGGGCUGGAAUGAUGCGCUAUUGUCAUUGCAGUACACGAGCUUACUGUUGUCUAAAAUUGGUGGAUUCCUGGUCUUCUCACAGCUGGGUGCCGGCAAAUGGUCGCUCGGUACGUACCUGUCCAGAACUGUAAGAAAGGAGCGGAUGGGAAACUACCGCCACAUCUAGACCUCGCCUCUGGCUUGUAAAUGUUUUCCAUCGGAUUAAGACGUGAAAGUCAUUAGGUCUUACGGAGACCUAUUCCUGCUGUAGUUCUUAAUUUUUAUUCUUUUUUCUCUCCCGGUGGUACUAGAAAGUUUCAGGGAUUUACAUAAAUUUUGAUGGAAAACACUUUCUCUUCGGCUAAUGUUUAUUUUUAUUUCUAUCUCUAUUUGUACACCUGGCCCUCAAUGUGGCAGAGGCGGUGUGCCCACUUCAAGGAUUCUUAGAUUCGUGCUUCCUCGGCGUAAAUUAUUUAAAAGUCUCGAGUUGUGAUUAAGCACCUUUACCCAGCAUUUGAUCCCCCGCCCUCUGUUUACCACUACUCUGAACAGGAAAUUGAAACUAGCGUGGAGAUGUUAUGCCGUUAAACUCUGGAAUAAAAACAAGAAGAAAAAGCAGCCAGAAGGUGUGAAUAAACUAAAACUUGGCUAUAACGAAACUUAAAUGCCCUAAUAUGGAAUUCCAUCAAAAUCCCUAUUCUGAUAUUACGUAUCAUCAUGAUAUACUUUCCUGCCAAAACUUUUCUUUCCAUUAUUAAAUUUUAUUUUAUCUCAUUAUUUUA